AUGUCCAUAUAUAGGAUUUUUAUAAUAAAUCGUGGAGGAAGUCUCAUUUACGAUUGGGAGGGUAAGAGUGAUGCCAUUUGUGUUGAAAAGACGUUCAGUUAUCCAGUGGAUAUUGUGCUUGAAGUGAUUGACCAGAGAGUGACAGUGGUCUUUGGCGAACGGGACGGCAUUGGUUUAAGGUAUACACUAGUGGGAGUCAACAAGUACCCUGUUCACGGAAGUUUGGUGAAGUUUGAGGAUAAAGAGUACCAAGUUCUUGAAUAUUUGAAAGAUGCGAAGAACUUUCCAAUAAGCCUCCGUUUCGCUCCACCAGUCAUCACUCCAAAUGAGAAGAUUAUUUUGUCGUCGACUUUUCAUUCUCUAUUUACUAUUGCUGCUCAAUUAAGUCCAGUACCAAAAAGUUCCGGUAUCGAAGUGCUUUCUACCAGCCAGUUCAGGUUACACUGCUUCCAGUCCACGACUGGUGUCAAAUUUGUAAUAAUUGGAACAGCGAAUAUAAGUGUAGGUAUUGAAAGCCUUCUUCGGAAGAUUUAUGAGCUUUAUGCUGACUAUGCAUUGAAGAACCCAUUCUAUUCAAUAGAUAUGCCGAUCCGAUGUCAGAGAUUUGAUGACGCAGUGAAAGCUUUAAUUGAGAAACACGACAAAUCCAAUAUGGUUACUGUGUAA